GUGCCAACAGUCACUCCACCAGAAGGACGUUCUUUUAGUUUUGUACACAUUAUUAUGCACAGAUGAUUUCCCCAUCAAGGAGGGUGAUGUGCUCAACUCCUUUUACGUGGUGCAGGAGUUCAUUGGUGAGGGGAGCUUUGGAAAGUGGCCAAGUGUCGUCACACCGUGACCCAUCAAGACGUGGCCAUCAAAAUCUCCAAGAACAAGCCCAGUAUUAUAAGAGAGACAAAGAAAGAGAUUUCCAAUCUUAAACUCCUGAGUGCCCUGGAUCCAGAGAAGACAAACAUCGUGAAGUGGUAUGAUUCCUUCGUGCACAGAGACCUCCUUUGUCUGAAAUUUGAACUCCUGCACCAGAGUCUGCUUGACUAUUUGGAUGAUAUGAAUUUUGAGCCUCUUCCAACCAGCAAUCUGCAUGCUGUUGUGCAGCAAAUGGCCACUGCGUUGCUUCACCUGGAGACCCUGGGGGUGAUCCACUGCGAUAUAAAACCCCAGAACAUCAUGGUGGUCGACAACAUCCAGCAACCACUGAAGGUCAAAUUAACUGACUUUGGUUUGGCUCAGCACAUCUCGGAGCCGCCGUCAUUUGCAGGGACCUUGUGUUACCAAGCUCCAGAGGUAUUCUUAGGUUUGGCCUACAGCGAGGAGAUUGACAUGUGGUCCCUCGGUGUUUCCAUGGCUGAGCUGGCUCUGGGAGUCUCCCUGUAUCCCGGAGAUCAUUCAUAUGAUAUAAUGAAGUUCAUUGUGGACACACAAGGUCUGCCCCCAGACUACCUCCUCAGGUUGGGACCAGAAACCAGCCACUACUUUAAUAGACGUCGUAUUGAUGGUCACGACACCUGGACACUGAAGACUCCUGCACUGGUUCAGAUGGAGACAGGGCACAAGUUCUGCGACACCAGACAAGUGAUGUUAACCUCUCUGGAGGACAUCAUGCAGUAUUUCUGAUACUCUCAGGCAGCCCUCCUGAUUUUGCCACUGUGAAGAAGAAAACGGAAACAAUCAUCCUGUUUUGAUUCAGUAAAACCA